AUGAGCUUCGAGCGUCCCCUCCGUGGUGGCUGCCAAUGCGGCCGCAAUCGUUACAUCAUCCAGUUUCCGCAAACCACUACACAGGCGGCGCAAGUCAUCUUCAACUCACCGCCCUCUCAAUAUAUCUCCCAUGCCUCACCAUUGGCUGCUUUCCUGCGGGUACCUUUGCCAUGGUACCAUAGCACGACGCUCUCGUUUGCUCCCGACGAAAGGACGUCGAUGAUCCAUCGCGCCUACACUUCUCCCUUUGAACAGCAUUCUAUGCGCCACUUUUGCGGUUUUUGCGGCACCCUCUUGUCUUACUGGUCCGAGGAACCUCGUAGCGAAGCUGAUUUUAUCCAGCUAUCGUUGAGCAGCCUGCAUCCAGAAGAUCUAGCGGACCUGGAAGACUUGGGUAUGUUGCCGGAUUCUGAAAGCGAGAAUGAACCUGAAACGAAGAAGCAAGAGGGAAAGGGAGAAGUAACGUAUAUCGGCCGACAGACUGUGGGAGGCCUACCCUGGCUGGACAGCUUGCUUGAGGGCAGCCGACUCGGUACUCUUCGCGCGGCCAAAGGUCGCAGCCAGAAUACGAGUGGUACAGUUCAAGUUGAAUGGGAAGUUAUGGAAUGGACCGAGGGUGAAAGCGGCUCCCCGAGCGGUUCCCCGAGAAACAGCAAGCGGAAGCUUGGUGACCGAGACGACGUAGCCCGGGUGUUAUCAUGA